AUGCGAAGCCGAGGUCGUGCGAGAGGUGUACUGCAGACUUGGCCAAAAGGUAUUGAACAUAGCUCAAGUGAGACUUUUGAAAGUAGUCAAGAGUGGCUUGUGAAGUCCACCUUAUUGAGGCGUGGGCUUCGCUUUGUUGUGAACGACCUCGUUUGGUGCAGUGGCUUUGGGCCACGUUGGCCAGCCGAAGUGGCAGCCCUUGGCUUCGAUGGCCCACAGGAUUCUAACCCCUACGCUGUGAAGUUCCUUGGAGAAUCCACUGGUGCUUGGGUCAGUGAGGCCCGCAUGGAGCCCUGGGCUCACAAGAAGGCACCCUCUGUCGCACCUCGUUGGCAACGGCGAAUGAAGGUAGCUUUGGAGGCGGCUGAAAGGCGCCUGUCAAAAUGA